ACCAAAAAUAAAAAAUUUUAAAAACACAAAAGAACAAUCUUACAAACUAAACUUUAGAUUUGAAAAACAACAUUAAAAAAAACGAUAUUUUUUCUAAUAUAAAAAAGGGGGGACAAUGUCCGCACCGACAACCCCAAAGACCCCCUUAGACAAUGGUCAACGGUACACUGCGACGCCCUUUGAUCAACUGGAUUUUCUAUUUAUUCACAGCCAUCGUCACCAAUAUCAACAGACAAUGCCUUCUCCGGGUUUAAACCUCGAAAAUUAUGUAAUUCCUCUGGAGGAGAUCAACCGAGCCACUAAAAACUUCAGUUCCGAAAGAUUGAUUGGAAGCGGUGGAUUUGGUAAAGUCUACAAAGGAAAACUGUCUGAACGCUGGCAAAACCUCACAGUUGCUAUCAAACGCCUAGAUCACGACAGCUACCAAGGAGAGAUUGAGUUCCGCAACGAGCUUGACAUGUUUUCAAGAUUCCACCAUGAAAACAUCAUCUCUUUCAUCGGCUAUUGCAACGAAAGCAAUGAGAUGAUUAUAGUCUAUAAAUAUGCUAUCAAUAGAAGCAUUGAUUAUCAUCUCCAAGACCCAGAUAAGAGGCGCAGCAUAACAUGGACACAUCGCCUGAAGAUUUGCAUAGGGGCAGCAAGGGGGCUCGAUUACCUUCACUGGGGUCUUAACGAGCACCAAAGAGUUAUACACAGAGACGUAAAGAGUGCUAACAUAUUGUUAGAUGAGAAUUUGGUUGCAAAAGUUUGUGAUUUCGGUUUGUCAAAAUUGGGUACCAAAAAUCAGCCAAAUACCCAACUGUACACUAACACCAAGGUUGCGGGGACUCACUUUUAUCUGGAUCCCACCUACCAAGAAAGCGGCAUCCUCAGCAAAGAAUCAGACGUAUACUCAUUUGGGGUUGUACUGUUUGAAAUCCUGAGUGGGAUGUUGGUUUAUUCUAAAAGGAAAAUUGGAGAUGAUAGACCUCGUGCUCUCAUGAAGUUUGUGAGACGAUACCAUGAAAACGAACCAGAAAAGUUAAUCGAUCCCUAUAUAAGAGAUCAGAUUGAUAGUCGUUCUUUUAAUACCUUUAUACAGAUUGCAUAUCAGUGCAUUAGUUUAAAUUUAAAGGAACGUCCUCCGACAAACACCAUCAUCCAGCGGAUUGAAGAAGCAUUGAGUAUUCAAGAGAGUGUUGAUGCCUUUAUCAAGUGUGUUACAGCAGACAUGGGAUUCAGUAAUGGCAUACCUGUUGCAGCGUUUACCAUAUACAAAUGCGUUCUCCAUUGGAAAUAUCUUGAAGCUGAAAAAACAAAUAUCUUUGAACGACUUAUUCAGAUUUAUAUUUCAGAAAUUGAGGUACAAAAUAAUAACAAUCAGAUGGCGUAUUGGUUAUCAAGUGCAUGUACUUUUCUUUUCUUAAUCCAAAAAAGUGUAAUACUUGAUCAUAGUACAAGUUUAGUUGAGAAACCUUCACCUCCAGCUUUGGUGACAAUGAAAUUAACAGCACAUAUCGAGAAAAUGUACGCCAUUAUUUGUGAAAAUUUGAAAAAGGAAUUGGGACCAUUACUUGCACAGGCUCCAAGAAUUUCCAAGGGAGUGCUGAAAGAUUCUGAGUCGAAUGGUUGGGAAGGCAUUGUUGAUUGUCUCAACACUCUUGUGAACACGUUGAAAGAAAAUUUUGUGCCUCACAUAAUUAUUGAGAAAAUAAUUCCUCAAAUUUUCUCAUACAUCAAUGUGCAACUUUUUAAUAGUGUUCUUGUGCGUCGAGAGUGUUGCACAUUCAGCAACUGUGAAUAUGUGAAAGCUGGUUUAGUAGAACUGCAGCAAUGGUGUUGCAAGGAAAAAGAAGAGUAUGUAUGCACAGCUUGGGAUGAACUUGUGCAUAUUAGACAUGCUAUUAAGUUCAUGACUAUGCAUCACAAGUACAGGUUAUCGUGUGAUGAAAUCACCAUUGAUCUGUGUCCUAUUCUAAGCAUCCAGCAGAUGUAUAGAAUAUCCAGUCUUUAUUGGGAUGACAAAUUGGAUACAAGGUCUGUAUCCGAAGAUGUUUUUUCAAGCAUGAGGAUAAUGAUGACACAAGAUUUCAAUGAUGUCUCCAUUCUAUUAGAAGAUAGUUUCAGCGUACUUUUCUCUGUAGAUGACCUCUGUAAUUCCUUCCAAGUAGAAAAUUUUGCAAAUGUUAAACCUGCUGUACAACUUGCCACGUAUCCAGCCUUUGAUUUUUUGUACAAGUAA